CCAUCUCGACGUGCAGGAACAUGAAGGCAAUGAGGGGAAGGUGAGAGGCAGAAAACAUAAGCCCGGGAUUGGAGCGUACACGAGCGGCCAGAGAGGCUGUCAGAGGAGGACAGCUGCCGGAGAGAGGGGGUAGAGGAGCCCGCUGUAGGAGCCUGGAGGACGGGCACAGAGGGAGGCAGUUGCCCGCUGUUGCGGAGCGUUGAUGUUCAGAGGAGACACAUUCAGCACUUGCCUGGAACACGGAAGGAAAUAUACACUGAAGAGAAAGUGAAAAUAAACCCCAGCGAGGACUGCAGAGGGUCUGGGAGAGCAGGGAACUGCAGCCUCCACAACGCAGCCCUCCAAGACUUCAGUGGACAUUUCAAAUCUCUCUGUUCUUGGCCACCCAUGAGAGGCGGUGGAAGAUUAAAUCACAUGCUCUUUGAAGAGUGAUCACAACCAAACCUUCUGAGACCUCACUCUCAAGUAUUCAAGCUUGAAACCUUAACGGUCGACACAAGCUUUCCUCAGUUAUUCGCUUGUCCAACUCAGGGGUAGUAUUUUGACAGAGGAAGAUUUUUUUUUACUGAAGGCCAUAAUAGAGAGACCCAGCCACGGCCCGCUGCAGGGUCUCAGAAAUCCUUGGGUGAAAUUGAUCUGGAGGAGAAGACUGUGGAAGUGACGGAGGUGAUGGGCAACAAGAACGGCAGCUUGCCAAAAGGUUCAGACACUGCGCUGGAUCAAGAAUCGGAAGAGAUGUUCAUUGAGAGUACAACAGGAAGUGUCUCCGGGGAUGGAGCGCUGGGCCUCAGCCCCGAGCUGCUGGCCUCCCUGCAGUCCCUCGGAGAAAACAGCAACUACACCCUGCUUCCACACUCUCUGCACCAGAUUGCAGAGGCCUACUCACUCCAAGAGGACUACCAGUGGGCCAUUCAGUUCCUACAGCUUGAGAAGCUCUACCAUGAACGUCUGCUCUCCAACCUUGCUGCCCUGCAGGAAAAUUGGGAGAGCCGAUGGCGAGAGAGGAACCCCGAGGGCAGUUUACCUGCUGAGACAGACGCCAUCACUGUGAAACACAUGGAGACCCUGAACCAGAUCUGCAGGACACAUCCCAGACCAUCCAGCAGUGUGGAGCAGAACAGUCUAAAUACAUUGCUGAGAGAAAUACAGAUCAAGAACCAGACACUACAGUCCUGUCAUGAUAGAGUCAACAAUCCUGAAACAUCACAAGAGGAUGGAGAAAACGAGCAGAACUUGAACUCGGAAUCAGUGCAGGGAUCACUGGAAUCGGGCCGUGAGGAGGCAGAAGGGGAGGAGGAUGGAGAGGAGGAGAAGGAGAUAUAUGAGGAAGGACAGGAUGUAGAGGAGGAGGAGGACAAUCCAUGUGCGGAGACCCCAGAGGAAGAGGAGGAGGUAAAGGUGGAGUGGCCAACAGGAGUCUCCCAAGCUUCGGACAAGGACCUGGCCAAACUGUCCCACACAGAAGGGAGUUCCUCUCCUAACGGUCUGGUCUCCAUUCUGAAGAGGAGGAGAGCGUCUCUGGAUGGACUCCCCCCACCCAGCGACCUGGAUACUAAACAGAACUCCAAACGCAAAGUUCACUUCAGUGACCCAGAGGACGGCAUCGAGCAAGAUGAGGUGGGUGGAGACUCCUGCCUGAUCCUCCUGCUGCUGUGCCUGGUUACCGUGGUGAUCAGUGUGGGUGGGACUGCUCUCUACUGCACCCUGGUGGACACCUACUCGAACAUUUGCACCGACUUCACUCAGAACGUCAACUUCUACGUCAUGAACGUGCGGGGGUUCUUCGAGGGGCUCGGCCACUGGCUGCCUCUCCGGACUUAACCCAGACGAUGGCAGACGUUGGUGCUGUAGCAGACAGUGAGAGACACAGAGUGUUACCACUGCACAGAGUUGGGGCCUACAGGCGUUAAUGUGAUGCUGCCAUCCAGAGGGUUUGAUUCCUUUUCCAGUCACUGGACUUGUGUCUGAGCAAAAGAGACUUGUACAUUGGACCAAACAGACUGAGAUGUACAGUAUGUGUCAGUCCUCAGGUGAUCAAAGCAACACCAAACAGUAAAAAACUAUCCAGAUCUCUUCGGCUCAGAAGAAAAGUGUGAUGAUGAGUGUGUGUUGUGGGACGAGGGUUGAAAGAACAGCUGGUUUACUCCGGUCUGUGUGGAUUUCUUCAUCGUCAAGCUGAACCUCACAAGAAGGCUCACAACUCUCAGCCAUAUUUAUAUUCUAAUAUAAGUACUUUAUCUGUGUAGUAGUGUUUCCCUCACACCUCUUCUUCUGGUGGUUUUAUUUGUACAGAGAGAAGCUGUCUGUAGCAUAAUUAGGAUCAUUAGUGUGUGUAGUUCUUUUGAACCAUUUACAGAGAUCAUGCGAUUUUCAUUUUCAUUCCAUUCUGCCAUUAUUGUCUGCUCUUUUGACACAUCUUUGCUAAAUGUGUACAUCAGACACGUUACACAACACGACAAAGAGUCGUAUAGUUUUUUUUAAAACACAGAGAUUGUCAAUACAUACGAGACACUAAAUCUCAGAGAGCACAUACGUCCGCUAAGGCUGAUCGGCUUCUUCAUCGCCAUAUUACAUCAUCAUCAUCAUCUGUAUCAGAAACAUCGGGAUCAUUGUUUAGAUCUGCACAAGAUAUCACCUGAUCAUUGAUAUUGGCACUCUAUAUAUGCUUGAUUUGUUCAUACAACUGUCCCAAAAACUCCCAUCUCUCAAUUUUAAAGAAUAUUUAAAAUAACUCCUGGAUCCACAUGGAUGGAAUACACUCUUACAUGUUAUAGGGUCUUGUUUGGUACCUAUCCCACCCCUCCACCAAGUUUCAAUAAAAUCUGUUGUUUUGCAUAAUCGUGCUCAUAGACAAACAAACAGCAAUUAAAUCAUGACCUCCUUGGCGGAGGUAACCAAAGCUCAGUGUAUAUCUUGAGUAUUAACAUUUAUUCAAAACUUUAUCUGAAUGACCCAAUGGGUAAAAAGCACAAGGCUUUCAUUUACACAAGUUAUACCAUUUGAAUCACUUUUUCCUACAGUUGUUCUUCCUGCAUUGCUCAAGUUACACAAAUGAAAAACAUUCUAUAGUUGAAUGGAUGCAAAAUGAAAAAUGUCAGCAUGUUCUCUAAAAUAAUUGCCUUGUAUUGAUUUUUUGAAACGAUUUCUACUCUCCUUCAGAACCUCCAGAUGUUUGCAAAGUAGUGAAUAUUACCUCUGUAUUGUCACUGUGGAUAUUGUUUACCAGCAAGUGUUGCAUUAUGCAAUACAAUAUGUUUUAAUAUCUAUGUUCAGUUGUGUCCACAAGGGAAUAUUAAAAAAAAAUAUUAAUAUUUUC